AAUGGGUACCGUUAUAUCUAUCCCAACUGGUCUUGUCAAUCAAAGUUCACAAGAUGGCAGACAGGGGCUACUGGGCUUUAGCACUCACAGCAUUUGUGAGCAGCUUGCUGGUGGUCCAGGCGGACAUUAUCAAACACACUCCAGUAGGCCAACUGUUUGUUCAUAAACUAGAGAGAGAAAAAUUUCAGAAUGAAUUUGAGCCUUUUCUCAAAAUUUAUGGAGGCAGGGUAUAUAAUGACCCAAUGGUAUUCAAGUGCAACAGGCAGCAGUUCCCAGACCUGCCUCGCUGGCUGCGGUUCACCCAACGCCACCCAUAUGACAAUGGCUUCCUUUAUGGCACUCCCCUGCAAGAAAACCUGGGCAAGAACAUCAUAGAGAUCUUUGUGACAAAUAAACGAAGCUACGAGACAUUCAAAGAUCGCCUUGUCAUUAAUGUGGCACCUGCAGUCAAACCAAUGCCUUACCAAGCUGAAUUUUUUAUUGGGAAGAGGGAGAUUGAGAAGGUGCUGCCCUCUGAUGUUCAGGAAGAGAUAAAGAACGAUAUAAAGAUUAUCUGGGGUACAGACAGCCUGCACUUUGUCAACAUCACCUCUGCCCUGGACCGGGGUGGCCGUGUCCCUCUUCCUCUGGCUGGGCACUAUGAAGGUGUGUAUGUGAAGCUGGGAUCAGAUAAGCCCUACUCGACGUGUCUGCUGAGCCUGCAGACGCUGGAGCACCAGAGAGAGUGUGAAGUUGGUGGGAAGAUCAGCGAAUACUGUAGUCGCUGCAACAACCCUGCCAACUGUGUGACAUGGUGCAGGUCUACACUGAUUGAUUUAUCCAGGCCUGUGCCGCCUGCUCCAUUGCCGACAGUGGGUUCAGGUAUCCUGGCCUGGGGUGGGGAGUUUGACCCCCCAGUCUCCCCCCCUGCGAAAAACUACAUCCCUGACUACAUCGUCACCAUCAUUAUUCCCUUUGUUUUUGCCAUCGUCCUCGCCCUCAUCCUGGCAUAUGUGAUGUGCUGCAGGAGGGAAGGAGUUCAGAAACGAGAUGCCAUGACUCCUGAGCUCCAGCUGUACCACCACCACACCAUCCAGGGGAACAGCAGCGAGUUGCGGAACAUGGCGCAGAGCCGAGGCAGCGUUCCCCAGCCCCUCUCCACUCUGCCUAUGUUCAACACGCGCACGGGUGAAAGAGCGCCCCCCGACUACCCCUCCGAAAGCAUCCACAUCCCUCUCAUCAUGGCCCAGCAGGAGCCUAAUGUUGACACGCUGCCCAGGAAAUAAAAACAGGGGACUAGGGAUCACAUUUAAGAGAUGUGGUAUGCUGUGUCUAUUUUGUUUCAUCACUUUAAUUCUUGUUUUUUGUUUUCGAAUCUGUAUUUCACUGCUCUGUUUUCAGUGCCACACUGGAAUUAUGUUAGGUAUUAAUGAGCUGUACAGUGUCUCAUACAGUGUGGCUUGAAGUGCACAACGUAACUGUUUUGGAUGGGUAACCCUAUUGUUUAAAGUCUGAUAUGCAUUGCAGUUUUUUAAACAUAGUAACUUAAACAAAGAUAAAUGCAGGAUGUGGCUGUACUCUCUCUGAUGGGAAGGUGACUAAUGACUAUGACUAAUAGUGCAGUGGGAAAGAGUUGGGUGUGGCUUAGCUACCCUGUAAUGCAAAGUGUGUCCACAUGAUGUCUCACUAUAUCAAACUCUAAAUACUGUAUAUUGUUUGCUUUCGAAAUCCAUGUUGGGAAAUAUUAAAACAGUGUCAUAACCAGCCGAGGAUUAACUCAAAGUUCACUAACAAUAAUCACAGUAAUUUUACCUAUUGCACACAUAAUUAUACUGUUUAUACAAAAUUUUAUAAUUUCACCUUUUGCUGCUUUAGUGAUUCUGGUUUGAUGUUUUAAAUAUGUGCUUAAUAUACUGAGAACAAUUACAAACAAAUGCAGUUUUCACCAUCAAAUUGCAUGAAUUAUGGAAGCAUUCUCUUACAUUUUUUUGCUUUCAGUUACUACAUUUGAAAAACAUGUUGACAGUUCCUCCAUUCCUUCUUGCAUGCCCAUAUCUACACAUAUCACAACAAUGGAUUGAAUAAAAUAGAAAUUAAUGCUUGAGAGAAAUCAGUAUGUCAUGUUUAAUUUACGUUUAGAGAAAGGCAGUGGGGCCAUAGCAAGAAGAUAACAUUCUAAACAUUCCGGUGACCACUUAAAACAUGCUUUAUUUCAGCAUCCAAAAUAAUUAAAAACAUCUUGAAAUAUUAUACAUGUACAAAAUAAGUACAGAUCCUCUUGUUGGAACCAUUAAAGUGUCUGUUUGUGGUU